AUGUCAGAGGAUGUUGCAAAGGACUUGAUCAACUAUCCACCAAAAGCAUGGUGUAGAGCCUACUUUGAUACACAAUGUAAAAAUCUAAUGGUGGAUAAUAAUUUUACUAAGUACUUCAAUGCAUGGAUUCUAGAUGCUAGACAUAUGCCAAUUAUCAAUAUGUUGGAGAACAUAAGGAUCAAGGUAAUGGAAAGGCUUGCAGACUAUGAAGGCAAAGCUAUGAGCUGGAAUGACAAUUUCAGUCCACCAUGUAUGAAACUAUAUCACGACUAUAGGGCAAUAUCACAUGCUUGCACUUUGAAAUUUAAUGGAGAUAAUGGCUAUGAAAUAACAGAAGGUAAAGACAAAUAUACAAUGAAUCUUGAGAAGAAGAGAUGUACCUGUAGGUUAUGGGAUUUAUCUGUAAUACCUUGUCCCCAUGCUAUUAAGGCAUUGAUGCAUGAGAAGAUUGAACCAGUGACACAAAUACACUGGUGGUGUAGUAAGGAGGCUUACUUGCUAACAUACAAGUACAAAAUUCAGCCUGUUAGAGGGGUGCAAUUCUGGAAAGUUCUGCCUAGUCAGGCCAUGGAGCCACCUGAAAUUGUCAAGAUGGUUGGAAGACCCAAAGUAAAGAGGAAUAGGGUUGCUGAUGAAGCUUUGAAGAGGAAAGGUGAGUGGAGUAGUUCAAGGAAGGGAAUUAUAAUGACNAGAGGGGUGCAAUUCUGGAAAGUUCUGCCUAGUCAGGCCAUGGAGCCACCUGAAAUUGUCAAGAUGGUUGGAAGACCCAAAGUAAAGAGGAAUAAGGUUGCUAAUGAAGCUUUGAAGAGGAAAG